UCUGUGAGACUCAGCAGUGAUUCCGCGUUUAAAUGUGAAACUAAAACACGCCAGCUGUAAUUUCUUGAGUGUUUCUGCUCCGAGUUUAUUAUUUAACAGUAAAUAAAGAGAUUAAUAGCCAUGUUUGUGCGGUCGGCAGAGCGAGAGCUGUGUUUUAAAGGCUUUACUUUAAUUACGCCCGCGGUUUCGGUGGGGAACGUGGGACAGCUGGCCGCAGAUCUGAUCAUCUCCACACUGGACAUGGUGAGAGUUGGACACUUCCACACGGACUGCCUGAUCCCCAUGGCAGGAAAUAAUCCAUACAGCAGUGGUGAGGAUGACGCGGCUCUGCUCAGCACCAACGCUGAAGUUUACUGCCGCAGUGAUUUGCAGUUGGCCGUGCUGCAGAUACGUACGCCCAUUGUGCCGACGAAGACGAAAUCUUUCCGGAAGAUUCUGGUGUCCUGGAUUAAGACUAGUGGGUUUUCCAGAACGGUGCUGCUGUCCAGCUGCCACGCCCACCAGCGAGACGACCAGCAGCUCCUCAGCUCUCCUCUGAGAUACCUGCUCACGCCAGCUCUGCAGGGGGACACGAAGGGGAUGGAGACGGAGGAGACGCUGCAGAGUUUGGGAUGGAGGGAGAUGGAGAGAGUGAGCGCUUUCCCUGGAAUUACUGAUUCACACACGCAGUGUCUCUACAUCCCGGGAGGAGGCGUCACUAAAGCGCUCUACAGCGACUGCUGUAGUGAGAACGUGUCCAUGGUGGUGCUGCUGCUGUUCUGCUCUGAGGGAGACAACGUCCCUGACGCCUUCACACUCCUCAAUCACCUCAACGACUGGCUCCACCUGCUGGACAAACCGGUUCAGGGUUCUGUUCCGUGGAGAAUCCCGUCGUCCUGGAGGCUGCUGUUUGGAAGCGGUGUUCCUCCCACGAUCUUCUGAACUUCGCUCAGACACCGGAGACGAUGACGACAGGACACUUUUCUGAACCAUCACUGAAGUCUGGACUCUGUGUGUGUUUUUGUUUCUCCCUCACACAAUAUUCAUGUUAUUCCAAACUGCUCCGUCUCUUCAGUUCAUUCAGGAAGUAGACGGAGUCACUGGAUAAUUUUUUCAGCAUCACAUGUAUCCCAUAAUGCAGUUCAGGGGAAGUGUUGACUGUAAUUUUUGACACACAACUGGUGUUACAGGCAAAACAUCUUUAAAACGUAAACCUUUGCCAAAUUCUGUUAUUGUUAAUGUUUUAGUGUAAAAUGUCUGAUUGCUCAGGAUGACGAUCUGUUCGCUGUCUGUUGUAAACGUUGCUGGAAAAGACUUACAGCUCGAGUUCUGCCAGUUACAAAUAAACACCUGAACACCACGUGA